AUAGUAAAGACGUGAUGAUUUUUCUAGUUUUGUUAAACUUUGUGUUUAUUUCAACAUCCUAUUACUGUGGAGGCAGUUUCAAUGAACAGUAUAGAGUACCCCGUAUAUCAUCAGAACGCUGGGAAGCCUACAUCUUCAACGACCAGGAGUAUCUGAUACAGAACCUGCCAGUCACUUGGGAAAACGCCAAGAUACUAUGCCGAGGACACCAUAACGGGUCGCUAGCGACCUUGGAUACACGAGAUAAGGCUGAAUUUCUGGCUGAAGCACUGUCAGAACUACAAUUUUCUAUAGAGUCAGUGUGGGUAGGUGCCAGACGGCAAUCGGGGGAUGAUCCAGAAGGGUACCGCUGGGGCCAGGGGGUGGAGCUCCGGAGAACAGCGGCCGAUGUGCUGCCCAAUGAGCUGGAUGACGCUGGAAGACACUAUCCCAUGUGGCUGAACCGCACCCACGUGCCGGUGCCCGAAGGUGGUGCAGACUGCGUGGCGCUGGAGAGGGUUCAGCACGAUAAGCCCGUGUUCCUGGACCUGCCCUGCCAUUUGGAGAGGCCGUUUGUUUGUGAAAGAGAGGCUCGCGUAGAAGUUAGGGUACAGAAACUGAAGACGGUUCGGUGUCGCACUGGACUGUACCACGUGUACGAUGGAAGGCUGGACUGGCAUCAGGCGGCAGCGUACUGUGUGCUCAGGAAGAUGGCGUUGGCCAACAUAGCGACAAUGAAAUGCCUGAGGAAAUUAGGAUUAACGAUGUUGAAGUCAAGACCAAGUAUUGAAAGUGCGUGGAUAGGAGCUCGCGGGUCCCUCGGUCAAUGGACGUGGGCAGAUACCGGGUUGAGUAUCUUCGGUGCUUCACCAUUUGCCGAUGUGCGGGCGUGGCCACCUAUGAGGGACAGAUCAGGAAUUAAACAAAAUGGCUGCCUGCAAAUUGACAGACAUGAAAACCUCGCGCCUGUGUUCUUGGAAGCUCGUUGUGAGAGGAAAAUGCAGUUCAUAUGCUAUCAAGGGCUAUCGACUCUACAAAUUGCUCAAGCGACACCUAGCGACGAUAACUAUUACUACGUGCUUGUUCGACAACUCCUUUAUUGGCAGCACGCCUUUGAAAACUGUCAAAAACUUAACGGUUCCCUCGCGAUCAUAGACAAUAGCGAUGUACUUAUACAACUUCUCUUGGUGAUGGGCGAAAAUAAAGAUCAACCAAUCGAACACAUUUGGAUCUCUGGUCGCCUGAACAUGACAAAAGAUAUCCCUACUGACAAAAUAACAUACUUUUGGCAUAAUCCAGCAAAUGGUAAAAGAAUACCAGAUCCUAAGAGUUUCAGUGACACUUCUAUAGGAUUGUAUAUGCCGCCGUGGCUAGACGAAGAGUUCUCCAUGGACAGCUCCUGCCUCAACCUGGAUAGGCAGGAUCAUCUGAAUGGCUUAAUAUACGGACUGCCCUGCGACACACCGCAGUACUCCGUUUGUAUGAUAGAGAAAUCUACAACAAAACUGGCAGUUGAAAAUAAUACGGAGGGAUAUGAAUCUUCUUGAUACACAAUGUAGCACCAUAUCUCAAUGGAAUUCAAUGUGCUUUGAAUAUACAGUGUCUGGCUUACCUACUGUUGAUCAUUUAUAUUUAUCAGUAGUUCAGUUUAUUUCAUUUCUUAUUGUAGGCCUACUUAGUUUUGUACUGCAUAGGCCCCUAUAGAAAUGGACUCAUAAAAUGCUGUUUAUUUAAUAAUUCAAAUACAUAGGAAUUUAGUAAUUUCA